GGGGGUCUGGCUCCUCGGCGCUUGCCGGUGAACUGAGGGCCAAGUGUCUGUAGACCUUCAAAGGGUAAUUGCUCUGAGCUCAGACCUUUGAUUCCUUGACUAAGAGAAUGGGUAAAAAAGUAAAGAAGGAAACAGAGUCUCCACCCAAGGAUGUGUUUGAUCCUUUAAUGAUUGAAAGCAAAACACCAGCAACAGUUGUGCUAAUGCUUAGUUCUCCUGAAAAUGAAGUUUUGGCCAAAGCAUGUGAUGCUCUAUAUAAAUUUGCAUCAAAAGGUGAUGAAAACAAGGUGACACUUCUUGGUCUUGGAGCAUUGGAACAUCUGUAUAAGCUCCUCUCACACGAAGAUCCACUUGUACGCAGAAAUGCCGUCAUGGUAGUUGGCAUCAUGGCUUCUAAUAAUGAUGUGAGGAAGUUACUGAGGGAACUGGACGUCACAAAUUCGCUUAUAUCACAGCUGGCUCCAGAAGAAGAUGUAGUUAUCCAUGAGUUUGCUACUCUUUGUCUAGCAUAUAUGGCUGUUGAGUAUACUACUAAAGUAAAAAUAUUUGAGCAAGGUGGGUUAGAACCACUGAUCAGACUGCUAGGUAGCCCUGAUCCUGAUGUUACGAAGAAUUCACUUGAGUGUAUCUACCUUUUGGUACAGGAUUUCCAAAACCGUGCUGCAGUUCGGGAACUGAAUGUAAUUCCACCCUUGCUGGGACUACUGGAAUCUGAAUAUCCAGUCAUUCAGUCCUUGGCCCUUCAAACCUUAGAAAUAAUUAGCAAAGACAGAGAAACCAGGAUAUUACUGGAAGAAUAUAAGGGAUUAGAUUGCCUUCUGAAUAUACUGGAAAACAAUGAACUCAACGAUCUACAUGUCGAAACUCUUGCUGUGUUGGGAAAUUGCCUCGAGGAUGUGCAUACUCUGCAACAGAUUCAGCUGACAGGAGGCAUUCAAAAACUACUUUCAUUUUUAAAAGUCUCUACUGUUCCUGAUAUUCAGAAGAAUGCAGCAAAGGCAAUUACCAAUGCAGCUUAUGACUCUGAAAUACGAAAAAUCUUACAUUGGGAAGAGGUUGAGACAUUUCUCCUAAGGCUUUUGGAAACUAACAAUGAUGAUGUUAAAGUUGCUGCUUCCCAAGCCAUUUCUGCCAUGUGUGAGAAUAUAGACAGUAAAUGUGUCCUUGGACUCCAGGGGAUUCCUCAGCUAGUAAAGUUGCUAAGCAGUGAUAAUGAAGAACUAAAAGAAGUUGUAGUGACAGCAUUAACUAAUUUGACAACAGCCAAUCUUAGAAAUGCAAGUGUCGUAGCUAAGGCUGAAGGAAUUGCGCCAUUAAUUAAAACCUUGAAUGCCCAGAGGGAUGGAGCCAUUUCCAAUGCCAUUGCAGUGCUCACCAAUCUGGCCCUGCAAGAGCCCAUCCGUGCCAGUAUCCAGAGCCAGGGCAUCAUGAGUGCCCUUGUGGGGCCACUGCGCUCAACCAACAGCCAAGUGCAGAGCAAAGCAGCCUUUGCCGUGGCUGCCUUUGCUUGUGAUGCUGGUGCACGAGCUGAGUUAAGAAAUGUCGGCGGGCUGGGACCACUCGUUGAAUUGCUGCAUUCCAAUUAUGAAGAAGUCAGAAGAAAUGCCUGUUGGGCUGUUAUGGUCUGUGGAAGUGAUGAAGUAACUGCUUUUGAACUGUGCAGGCUAGGUGCUUUAGACAUCCUAGAAGAAAUUAAUCUGUCUUCAAAGCGUAAAAAUAAGUUCAGUGAAGCUGCUCUGGAAACACUACUUGAUAAUAAUCUUUCCCAAAAGUACAGCCGGAUGGGAUAUUUAUCACCAAGUAAUAUCAUUACUAAUGGAUUCUAUGAUUGUGGUCAGGUAAAACAUGGAGGGAAAUUUUUGUCUUUGGAAGAACUAAGCAAGCAAGAGCUCACUGACCGUCGGGCAAUAAUCUUCAUUAAUGCUAAACCCCAAGAAAGUGUUGUAGAAGUACCUGAAGUAUCACCACCUGUUUCAGGAAGAAGCAGCAAAGAAAAACCAAGAAAAGGGAGAGGGAAAAAAGAGGAGGAAAAACCAAAAGUUAUUCAAGUUGCACCGACAAUCCUGGAGGAAAUAAAGCUAGAAAAUUCCCAUUGGGUACCACCACCUGACUACGUUUUAAUGGAUUACAUUAAUGAUGCUUCCAAAACAAUUCUACCAAUAACUUCUACCCGGGAACAGGUUGUGGCUCUUGCACAGUUUGUUGCAGAGAGGAUGGGUGGCCCUGUUGAAAAAGAGGAACUACAUAAUUUCUGCUGGGAACUUGACAUGAGUGAAAUAGAAUUUGACCUGAAAAGCAACAUUGUGCCUAUCGGGAAAAUCAAAAGAGGGACAUUCUAUCACAGGGCUUUACUUUUCAAGGUGAUAGCAGACAGAAUAGGCAUUGGCUGUAGUUUAGUUCGUGGCAAGUAUAACAGAUGUUGGAAUGAAGUUAAAUUGGUUGAAUACACUCCCAAAGGGCUUCUGCUUCCUCCUCAAGAGUAUGUUGUAGAUGUAAUGUUUGAACCAGGCUUAUUGUUUAAACAAGGAAGUGCAAAGGCUGAUCAAUACAAACGAAUUUAAUAAUCUUGAUGAAUAUCACCAAAAUAAAUAUUUUAAAUAUGUUUGCAGUGCUGUAUUUAUGAAACAUGAGGGGGUUCAUAUCCAACUAUCAAAAAGAAGCGUAUCUGGUAUGUUUUCUGAAAUGUUUAAUUAAAUGUUGUUUUGGUAUCUAUCUUCAGUGCUAAGAAAUUUUGUUAAUUUUUUGUAGUAUUUGAAGAGUAAAUUGCAAAGCUACAGAUUAAACUUGGUAAUCAAUAAUAUUUGGUGUAUGCUAACAUUACAAUGCUUAUUAAAUAACUUAAAUUCCAAUACAGCAUAUUCUUUUUUUUUUAAUUUUCCUUCAAAUCCCGUGCACACUUAUAGGAAUUUCAUGUCCAUAAAGCAAAAAAAUGUGACAUCUGAUGAAAUGACAAGACACCUAAAAACAACUGGACAAUUUUUGUGUGAAAUAACCCAAUAACUGAGAACUAGAACUACAAUAACAUUAUACUUUCAGCCUCCAUAGAAAAAAAAUCCCAUUUAUAUUUCUUAAAACUUGGCAGAGUUAAUAUUUACAGAUAAUAGGAUACUCUGGAUGAAAGUAUAUACUGUUUGUCCUGGCACAGGAUAAGACAGAUGAUUGAUAAGUUAGUGCUUGUGAUCUGUUUAAGUUCUUUAUUUUUGACUUGGAGAUAAAAUGGACUCCGAGAAGGCAGCAGUUUUAGACAGGGAAUUUGCAUUUCCUGCUGUCUGGGGUAAAGUGGUGCUGCUGAAGAGUGGUGGUGCUUUUAAGAGAGGUAAAACACUGGCUAGAACACUCUGGGAAACACUUCCUGGUGAAACUGUCAGGGAUGCACUGGAGUAUUUCAGAGAUCACCACUAUCAAUUGAGUUCACUGUGGAAAGCUGAGAGAAUGUACUGUACAGCAGUUAGGCCAGUGCAGGCCUAACAGAACUGAAUUUCAGAAGACCAGAACACCUACAACAAGGAAUUUACUUCCUGCCUACCAAAAAUGUGAUUUAAAAAAUUGGAGUCUGUAUUCUUUUAGCUUUUUAAUGUUUGUAUAAGCACAGUCACUUGCCUUGACUGCUUUGGUUGAGGAGGAGGAGGUUUGUAUCUGUUGUGUUCAUUACUGCUCAUGAGCAUGAUCCCACCACUCCUCCUUCCCCCUCUGACAUGCAGUCUGAUUUCCUGGUAGCCCUUAGGGGAACAUUUUAUCUAAAUUUAUGUUGUAAAUUUGCUUAUAUGGCCUCAUGUUCAUUUUUUUUUUACCUUAUGUUCAGCAGUCCUCUAGACAUCAGAAUGAAAAAGAAAUCUGGAAACAAAAUGCAGGAUAUGCUGGCAGAACUGAGAGAAAGGUGAGGGUGUGUUUCUUAUCAUUGCUAUGUAGCAGGUAGGAGACUGAUGGAAGGUCAUAUGCUCUCACUGACAGGUAUGAUUUGGUAUAGAAACCCACAACUUUGAAAGUCCAGUAAAUUGAAGUAAAAUAAGAAUUAAUUUCCUGCUAGCUAUAAUUUUGUAUAGUUUUCUUACAUUGGAAUUUCAUUAUUUUGUAUUGGAACCAUAAUGUUAAAGUAUGACUUGC